AUGGCUGCCGAGCUCAUACUUCUGACCGGAGGCUCCGGCCACGUUGGUUAUCGGACACUGGUUGAGGCUCUUUCCAAAGGCUACAAAGUCCGGGCUGCGGUUCGCUCUGAAAGCAAAAUUGCCGAGAUCAAGGCUGCCAAGUCCACCCAGCCAUAUCUUGAUCAACUUUCCUUUGUUAUCGUGCCCGAUAUCGAGAAGGACGGUGCCUUUGACGACGCCGUCAAGGGCGUGGAUUACAUUGUCCACGUUGCAUCGCCUUUAGCAAAACCUUCCGACGAUGCUGAGGCCAACAUCAUCCAGCCUGCCAUUCGGGGCACACUGAGCAUUCUCCGGUCGGCUCUUAAAGAGCCCUCGAUCAAACGGGUCGUCAUCACUUCGUCCGUGGUGGCUGUAAAUCCCAGCGAUUCGCGAGUCUACACGGCUGACAACGUCGAACCAGAUCCCCAAGGUCCAUAUCCUCACGAUUUCGCAGCGUAUGCGGCCAGUAAGAAGCUCGCCUACAACCGCACCCGAGAUUUCAUCAGCCGAGAAAAGCCUCAUUUCACCGUGAUCAACAUCAUGCCUACCUUCGUCAUUGGCAAGAACGAGCUUGCGACUACUCCAGCAGCCGUCACCGCCGGUUCCAAUGCCCUUGCAUUUAUUCCGCUUCUAGGGAUGCAGAACCCCAAUGGAUUGCCGGGAGCCACAUGCCACGUUGAUGAUGUUGCCUUCGUUCAUAUUGCCUCGUUGGAUCCGAAGAUCCAAGGCAACCAGAACUUUGGAAUCAACUACGACGUGAACGGCAUUAAGUGGGACGAUGCCAUCGACAUUGUCAAGAAACAUUUCCCUGAGGCCUUGAAGAAAGGCGUGUUUCCUCUCGGGGGCAGCUUGAAACCAUUGCCCAUGCCAUUUGAUGCAAGUAAGACGGAGGAAGUCUUCGGCAUCAAGUUCAAGUCCUUUGAGGAGCAGAUUGUGAACCUUGCUAGUCAUUACAUCGAGGUAGCCACAGCAGCUUGA